AGGUGCUGCUGCAGGGGCUGUCGGCCCCCCUGGCCGCCCCCCCCGGGGCCCUCGUCGCCGUGGCCAGAGUUGUGACCAAUGUUCAGGAGUACAAGCAUCGCAUGGAGAAGCACCCCACCUCCUGUCCCGGCAUCAGCCCCACCACCAUCACAUUCCCAGACCCUCCGGCAGCAGCCUUCAGCAUCGCCCCAGCUGCCAACCAUGGCUGCCCACAGAUGUCCCGACCAGCCAGGCCCCCAGAGCAGCCAACCUGGGACACCUCCUUCCUCUUCCAAGGCCGAGACAUGGCCACCAUCUUCUCCGAAGACACCGCCUUGGCGAUCGAAUAUUAUCCGUACAAAACCAUGUGGGAUGCUCCAGGCACCCUCAUUCCCGUGGGAUACUCGGUGCUGCCCCUCACCAGCCGUGUUUUCCGAGAGCUGGCGGCACGGAGCGGCAAGAUGCGUGUGGAUGGCCUCGCCGUGCAGGGCACAGACCUCAAAACCACGUCUGGGGCCAUUCCGACCGUGGGACUCUGCCUGCAGCUCCUUCGAUCGGAGAGACCGGCGGCGUUCCUGACCCCGUCGGGCAGCGAUGCCCUCCCCAGCCUGGACCCCGCCGCCACCAGCACGCUCGAGAGGGGUGAAGAGCUGCGGGCAGCCCCCGUGCGCCCAUUUUCUUGCCAGCUCCACCGAGAUGAUAUGUCCCUCCCAGCGGCCGAUGCCAUGGCCAGCAUCCUGCCUGGAAAGCAGCUGUUCCCGCACGGGACAGGAGCACCAUCGGAAGAGCGGAGAUCCCAAGAGAUCAUCGGGGACGAGCAGGAGCCGGUGAGUGCCGAGGAGACGGGAGGAGCUGGGGGCACUGGGGGGGACAGCAGUGUCCCCAGAGCGGGUCCUGGCUCCCGUGGGGACCGAAGCUCUACGCUGCCGGAGGCGAGCAGCUACCGUCUGGCGCUGAAGCGGCUGGCUGGGGACCUCCUGUCCCUGCGCCAGCACGUCACCAGCCUAGAGGUGGAGAACGGGCACCUACGGCGCAGCCUGGCCUCGCAGGAGGAGCUGGGCCACACUCUGCUUGCCGAUGUGGACCUGGAUGUCAUGACGCGGGAGGAGCUGCUGGACAGGCUCGCCACCCUCAAGCACAAGCUGGUGGCCGGUACGGCGGAGAUGAGGAGGCUGAAGGACCGUGUCCAACGGCUGCAGAACGAGCUGAUCCGGAAAAAUGACCAGGAGAAGGACCUGGUGCUGCUCCAGCGAGCCCACCGGCAGCAGCAGGCCGUGCUGAGGAGGUGCCAGGAGAAGGUGGCCAAGACAAAGAGCUUAGAGGAGACGGUGCGGCAGCAGGAGAAGGUGAUCGAGGCGAUGGAGCGGGUGCUGCGGGAGAAACUCGCCGGGGCGGGCAGGAGUGCUGAGAAGCCAGCGGGCGAAGCCCUCUCCGGGGAGGUGUACGCAGUGCUGCUGGCCGAGAACCGCAGGCUGCGGGACAACCUGGCAAGACCCCCCCACCUCUUGCCCCCCGUCAUCCUGCAGCCCCCAACCUUGCCGGGUGGUUUUGGGCGUGCGGAGAAGCUGUCUCUGCUGGCCAGGCUGGAGGAGGCGCAAGCCCAGAGGCGGGUGCUGGAGAGGCAGCUGGAGGAGGCGGCGAGGAGGUGGGGACGGGAGAAGCAGGAGCUCGGCACUCGGCUGCUGGAGCGGGAGCACGGCUUCCCCUACGCCCCCACCACGCACUUGCCGGCAAUCUCCACAGCCCCCCCGAGAAGACCCCAGCCCCUGGCCCCCCUGCCCUAGCCUGCACCUGGCGAGAGAGACGGAGAAACCUAAAACGCUGGCAAAAAAGGAGCCGGUGCUUUUUCGCAAGAUGAAAUUACAGAGUAAAUCAGAGGCAAAGCAAAACAUUAGAGGGUGUCGG